AUAACCCAACUUGUCUUAACUAAGUUCGCAAAUUGUCUUCCAAAUUUUCUGGUUUCUUCUUCUUCUAACAUUAUAAUUAUCACUCGUGAUUUACCUUCAACAAGUGUAGAUAUUAGUCAUAAAAAGUAGAUUUGUUGUUUCUGAUUUCCUUGCAAUCUUCUUCGUUUUGGGAAUGACAAAGAUACAUCCGAGCUCUGCCACCGCCGCCAUCACCGGUUCCCCAGCCCCGUCGUUGGUCUCAGAAUCGCCAAAUGCGGCGGUCGUCUUAACGGUGUGGACAAAAUCCCUUCUCUUCAAUUGUAAUGGUUUUACGGUAUAUGACUGCAAGGGCAAUAUUGUCUAUCGGGUUGAUAAUUACGUCGCCGGUAACAAGGGUGAGAUUGUCCUCAUGGACGCCGCCGGCAAGUCUCUUCUCUCCAUUCGACGCAAGAGGUUGAGUCUGGGCGAUAAUUGGACGGUUUUCGACGGAGACACGACGGUGAAUCCGCGAUUCAGCGUAAAAAAGCAGGCGAACAUCCUAAACACGAGGUGUUUGGCGCGCGUGAUGAGUCCCGGCAGAGGCGGCAGUGGAUCUCCCAAGAGCAGUAGCCCGUCGUCAACAUUGUACGAGAUUGAGGGAUCGUAUCCACAACGGUGCUGCGUCGUGUACGACCACAAGAGACAGAAAGUGGCGGAGAUAAGACGGAAGGAGGCGGCGAUCGGCGGAGUUUCUUUGGGAGGGGACGUCUUCCGCCUUGUGGUGGAGCCUCAGUUCGAUACGUCCGUCGCCAUGUCCCUUGUUAUCCUGCUCGAUCAGAUGUUUGGUCGGUCAUCUUCUUUUAGGCGUUGAUUUCAAGGGUCGAUCUUUUCAAGGGUCGAUCUUGAUCUCCAUUACACAGAGUUUUAGUUUGACACGAGAAAAUUAGUACACUGAUCUUCCGAUUUGACUACCUUUACCCUCAGGUAGCCAUUAUUAGGGGAUGCAGAAAAAGCUGCGACUUAUUAGUUUUCUCACGUUUUUUCCAACCGCAAAUUGGGUUGUAUAUACAAAAAACUAAAAAUUCAAAAAAAGAAAAAGAAUACAUAACAGGUUUGGGUAUACUGAUCAUCUGGACUGUACCGGUGUGUGGGGAUGACUUCCCACUUUUUUUUUUUCCCCUUUUAACAUUCGAUGUAUGUCGAUCCAGAUUUUGUUGAAUGAAAUUAGCUACUCUAUUUACCAA